AUGGCAGCUGAACAUCUAGGAAAAGAGGCAUUAGAAAGCUGGAUAAAGGCAGCGAAUAUUGGUUGUGCAGACGCCAUGUAUAAUAUUGCUCUGUGCUAUUCGAAUGGAACGUUCGUGAAGAAAAAUUUAUCAAAUGCGAUAUUGCUGUGGAAGAGGGCAUCGAAAUUAGGUCAUGCGUUAUCGUUGUACCAACUAGCCGUAUGUUAUAUCCGAGGUAUCGGUACUGAGAAGGAUCGAGAGUAUGGUAUCAGUUUAAUGAAGCAAUCAGCUGAUAUGGGAUGUUCAAGAGCCGAGUACUUUAUGGCAAUUAAACUGUUGAGAGAUGGUGAACGCAGUUCAUCAAUUGAAUAUCUCGAAAAUGCGAUCAAACAUCAACAGUUCCGUAGUCUUAUCGAGAGAUGGCUCAACAAUAAAUCACUUCCUCAUGAUAUUCGUAAUAUUGUCAGUAAUUCACUUGAUAAGUAUAACAGCAAACACCAGAUUUAA